UGGUUUGACAGUACUACAAAAAAAUUUCUCCAUCAACACGGAAAAAAAAACAAGAAGAAGAAGAGAACAAAGAACCCAUCCAUUUGAUGCAAUUUAAUAAUGAUUUUCAAAAUUCCUCAUUGGCUCAUUAUUACCAUUAUCGUGGACGUGCUGACUCUAAAACAGCUUUAUAAGAUAAAUAUCUGAGCAAACCAGUGUGCUACAGUUGGCCCCUUCCAGAAGAAGAUCAAUCAAAUUGAUCCAAGGAGAAUAUCAAGGCAAUGUACCUGAUAGAUCGGAGUUGUGAAUAGCAGUUGCAUAACAAGGCAGCAAGUUUGGAUCAAACGAGGAGUCACAGCUCAACCCCAACAGGGUCAACCUGCCUCUUACUGAUCUUCUGCAGUUGUAAGUCUGAGAAUCUUGUAUGGCUAGUAACUUUUUGGGAUACAAAGAGGAGGAAAACCACAUCGAAAUGAGCUCUCACCCAGAUCACACUGUUAAAAAAGCUAACGCGCCAGCCGGAAAAGUAAAUGCAACAAAGAAGAAAUGGGAAACAAUGCUUCUUUCAGUUUCAUUUUGGAAUAACAUAUCUGUGCUUGCAUGUAUGAUUGCAGUCUCAAUGGAUCCUUUGUUCUUUUACAUUACAUUCCUUGAUCAUGAUAAAAAGUGCCUCGGAAUGGACAAAAGGCUGAGGACCGCAGUCCUCAUUACGCGAUCACUCACAGAUUUCUCGUUCCUAUUUCAUAGCGUAUAUGAAAUUCGUGAAGCUGUGAAAGCAGUGGACUUUGUGUCACAGAGAGGCAACUCAAAACUCUUCAACUGGUUUGGACACGCUAAGGCAAUAGCUAAGAAGUUGUCAUGGAGCUCUUUCCUAACUGACAUUUUCGCUAUUAUUCCAAUUCCACACGUGCUAAUAUUAGCACUGUUUUAUGCUCCCAAUUUUGGAUUUUCAAAGAACAAAAUGAAUCUGGAUUACAUGCUUCUGGUGCAAUAUGUUCCAAGGAUGUGCCGGAUCUUCAUCUCGUCUAGGCUGUUUAGAAAAAAUAGUAGCGUGUGGCUCAAAGUUGCAUUCUAUUUUUUUAUGUACAUUCUCUCAAGUCAUGUAAUUGGAGCAUUUUGGUACUUCAGUUCUAUUCAAAUCCAAGCAGUAUGUUGGCACUUGGCCCUCAGAGGAAGAGACGUCACCUUCCAAUGUGAUGGCCCUCCUCUAUCUGUAAGGAAUCGGGAGAUCAUAAAAACAAUGUGCAAAGCGACGAAGGGGGAAUUUGAUUAUGGAUCAUUUCUAGACACAAUCAAAGCCGACCAGAGACCUAAAACAUUGCGCCAAAAGUUAUUUUACUUUGUGUGGUGGGGACUUAAAAAUCUGAGUAACUAUGGUACAAACAUCGGUACAAGUAAAUACAUAUGGGAUAAUUGCUUUGCAAUUCUUGUUUCUGGUAUUGGCUUGGUACUAUUUGCUCUUCUUAUUGGACAUAUGCAGGAAAGUAUGCAGUCCUCGGAGGAGAAGAAAGUGGCAACUGAGAAGGUUCAAAUGAAAGAGCAAGAACUACAAGAAUGGAUGGAUAAAAAUGGUCUACCUGAAAAGUUGGGCAAAGACGCUACGAAGUUGAGGAUAGAGGUCAUGACAAAGAUUACAGAAAACUUGAAAGACGACAAAAAUGCUGAAGUACAAAACCUGUUCUCUCUUAUUCCCUGGAAUACCGUAAAAGAUCUCAAACUGUCUGUCUGCAUGAGUAUGCUAAAGAAAGUACGAAGGCUCAAAAAUAUGGAUGAAAGAGAAUUGAGACUGAUCUGCCAGUAUCUCAAGCCAGUGACCUACACUGAGAAAACAAUUGCUUUUCGAAUGGGAGAACCACUUGAUAGCAUGCUCUUUAUCAUGGAAGGUAUUAUGUUGAUCUACCCGACUAGUACUACUAAUACUACUACAGCUGAUCAUCAAGUUGGAAGAGCAAAUAUACGUUCCCCAUCAACAAUCCGCGGCUCCCUUGAGAGCGGUGAUGUUUAUGGAGAUGAACUUCUGAGUUGGGCAUCACCACCCGACAUGUCCGAUAUCUCUUAUACAGACCUUCCUAUCUUGACCGAAAAUGUAAAAUGUCUCUCAGAAGUAGAAGGCUUUAUUCUCACUGCCAAGGACUUGAAAUAUGUAGUCUCCAUGUACAAGUUACAGGGGAAUUACAAUAGUUCUAGCCAUCUGGUGGAGGAGGUGGAACGCUCUAUCUCAAGAGAGGAACAUCGAUCAAUGAUUUGUCGUGAGCACAUUAAUCCUACUCCGUGGCCAGGCACAGAUCAAGGUGGGGAUGAGGAAACAGGUAUUCAAGAAUCAAAUAACUGAAAUGUCCCAUAUUGUGAGAUUGGUUCAAGUGUACCUGCUUUGUAGUAAUCUAACAUUGUAUGUUGUGUGUGAGAUUUUCUUGAGUGCAAGUGCUUUGUAGGAACUGAUUAGUGCACUAGUAGAAUUAGUGUCUAGUCAUUUUGUAACAAAAGUUCCUUUCAAUUGUUCAACUAACGUGGCAUUUAUGAAUGGGUUAAAAUGUAAA